GGUUUCUAUCGUUACCCAGACGCUUGAAAGUUUGUUUUAGCGUUAACAUGCCACUCAAGAACAGCAAGUCGUCCAAAAAGGGCCGAAAGCUGACCAAGGCUCAGAAGGCAAAGCUGCAGCAAGAGGAGGAGGAGCGGAGGCUGCGAGAGGAAGAGGAGGCCCGGCUACAGGCAGAAAGAGAAGAGCAGGAGAGACUGGAAAGGGAGAGAAAGGAGAAGGAGGUAGAAAGGUUAGAGCUAAAGGACCAACAGCGCAGAGAGGAUGAGCUGAAUGAACUGCGCCAUCUACUGGAGCAGAAUCAUACUGCAGUGACCAAAUGGAAAACAGAUGCUAUGGAGACGGCCAAGUGGGAGAGAUACAUGCGCUGUGAUGGAGCUCCAGAUCCGACAGUGCAGCAGGAUAUUAACACAUAUAUCAGCUUGUGGAGAGACGAUCCAGAGGUGAACAUCACAGCUGUGCUCAAGCAGUGUAACCUCGCUCUGCAGCUGGUCGAUGAGCUGGAAGGUCAGCUAAAAGAUGUUACAGACCCACAAGAGAACCAGAAGUACCAGGAGGCUCUCAUAAACCUGCAGGAGUUAAUCCACUCUAAACACCGCCUCACCACUGAGGACAUCCUGAAGAGAGCCAGCUCCAACAUUGACACCGAGACAGGCAACAUGCAGACCGUGAUCAGAGAUGAAAAGGUUACAGUGUGUCUCUGGGCCAACAUCAAGAAGAAUCCCAGGUUUAAAGGUUUAAACUUCGAGGAGGUCGGCUUUGGAUUUGAGAUUCCCAAGCAGCUGGCGGUGAGCGACGUUGCUGUUCGAAUCCUCCACACACACUACGACCACCUGUCCAUGCUGGCCAGGAUGACUCACCUGAGGAUACAAACGGCCAGUCGCAGGUCUCUUGCAGGGGGAGCGGAAACUCCAGAAGACUUAGCUGAGCAGGUGGAGACUAAAGAAAACAGGGAGGUGGAGGAAGACAGCGACCCUCAGUCGCAGAGAGUGGAGGAGGAGGUUCAGUCCAUCCAAGGGUUGGAAGGAAGGAAGAGUGCAACCAGUCUGCAGUCAAGAAAAGACAGUCCACUGCCUGAAGAAGUCCAACAAAGCAACAUACAAACGCAGAUGGAGGCACUUGAAGCUGAAGGCGACCUGAUCUGUCCCUCAGUGCAGCUCCCACUGAUGAACCAGGCUGUCCAUGUGGUAGAUCUGAUGCAGUUCACUCCUCUCGGUGGCGUCUUCUACUACGACGUGUUUCACCUCCCGCCUCAGGCUCUCCACGUCAACGGCUGGGAAAUCCGACAGUUUCUGGACACAGGGCUACAGAUGUUCCAUUAUCCUACAGAGAAAUUUGACUUAGGCAGCAGUGACGCUCUCAUCUUCCCUCCUAUUGGGGCAUCUGUGAUGCUUCCUGACUAUGUUGUGUUUUUGGAGACUCCACAAGUAGCUCGCUGGGAUGCUGCAGAGAAGCAGUGGCGGAUGGACGGCAUCACUGAUGUUUCUUAUGACGAAGCCCAGGCUAAAAUCUCCUUCAAGAUGGACUCCUUCCAAGCCUUUGUGCUGAUGCAGAAAACCUACGCCAACCUUCCCUUUCGGAGCUGGGAGCUGCGACCGCUGGGCCAAGAUGCCGCCAUCUUCACCAUCAGUGGGGCUUUGAUCGACCUCAGCAUCACUAUUCAGGAUAAUCAGUGUUUGCUGCAGUCAGAGCGAGACCAAGGCCUCUCUCGCAUCAUGGGAAAGUGGAUGAGCAUCUCCGCUCUGCAGAAAGCCAUGAUCAACGCUGGGGUCAACAUCUUCGUCAAUGAGUACACAGACAAAUAUGUCAGCACCUGCGGCAAGGAUCCUCUAACAGAACAUGCUGCCUACGAACAGAUGGCCCUCUUUGCUUCUGCCUGCGCUUUCUCAUGGAGCAAGUGGAAUUCUAAAUGUGGAGCCGAACAUCUGGUCAUGCAGGUGUGCGAGCACCUCGACUCCGCCCCUGUACCUGAGGACUCCUGGAGUCUUUACCUGCUGGGUGCUCAGAGAAGUCAAAAGCUGGAGAUCACAGAGGAGAGUGAAGAUUUUUCUCCAGACCAUCAUCCAAGCAGCGAGUUCCACUCCACCUUCAUCCACAUGUUACAGGACAGCAUGAGCCCUGGUGGUGUAGCUAGAACUAGAGAAUCACACCAUCUGUUUGUGGACACAGUGCAGAGCCUGCUGUGUGCCACCAGACCCCUCAUGUAUUCCUAAAUUACAAAAUAAAGACAUUUGAAUCUAAAUACACGUCAGAACACACAUCUGCUAUUGUAGAAUUGGCUACUUUAUUUGUGCAAAGAUCCACGCAUCGUCUUUGGGACAUACAAAAGUGUAUGAAGUUGAACGGUGACAACCACAGCAAGAACUUGUAGAGGAAAAACAUAAUUUAAAAAAACAAAAACAACCCUUUGGUGUUGAGACUGAAACGAUGCAGAUUUAUAACUUAACAAAAAUAAACAUUCACAUCUUCUCACUCAAAACUAGCAAACUCAUAAAUAUAGAUUUCAUAAACACUUAAAAACACUUACAAUGAAAGUUUUAUUACCAGUGUUUAUAGACUUAAAAGUUAUAAAAUGUCCUCUGCAACCGAUGAGGAAAUGAAUGUAAAAUCCCAUUAAAAAGGCUGGCAGUCUCCAGGAUCCAUGAAAUGUAUUUAAAAAGCUGAGUGGCACAGUUGGAGCAGCUCAUUAAAACAACGCAUCAGUGCUAUCAUUCUUAUAUUAAGUGACAUGAUUAGUGCCAGCUCUGAUGUCUGAUCCACCCUGAUUUGAACGAUGAUCCUGGUAGAUGGUUGCCAGCCACACUUGAUCUGUUAACAUGAUUUUAAAAAGAAAGUAGUGAUGGCGAGAUGAAGCUUCAUGAAGCAUUGAGGCUUUCCAUCCAAUUGUUUCACUCAUGGUUCGAAGCUCCAUGGUGCUUCAUUUGCUCUACUGCGCCAUCAACUGGACAAAUAAAAGUAAAACAGGCAGAGUGCUUAUAGUGACACACUGGCUUUGCUAUGUGAAGCUUUGAAUUGUGCUUAAAUGAUAAUGCCAAUAAACAAGUAAUAUACUUAA